UAAAAGUGCCUGCAACUCCAGGUUGUUCUAUCCACUUCUCUUGACUUCUUCCCGUUGGUGAACUUGGUUUACGACCACCACAAAAGAUGUCUUCCUGCCAAGACCUGUGUUACCGACCCAGCUCAUGUUAUCCUGCCAUAUGCCCAGAUCCAUGUGUUGUUGCCCGCAAUGAGCCUUGUAUCACCUCGUGUGGAGACUCGACAGCAGUGGUCUAUCCACCACCAGUUUCCGUGCUAUUCCCAGGACCAAUUCUCUCUACUCUCCCACAACACAGUGUAGUGGGAAGCAGCUUACCAGCUGUACCCUAUGGAGCUGGGGGUGUAUCUGGGGGCGGUAUUUUGGGUGGCUCAAUUGGUUAUGGUGGAGUUUACGGUAGUGCAUACGGGGGUAGAUAUGGAGGUGGUUUAGGGGGUGGUUAUGGGGGCUUAUAUGGUGGUGGUUAUGGGGGCUUAUAUGGUGGUGGUUAUGGGGGCUUAUAUGGGUGUGGUUAUGGGGGCUUAUAUGGGGGUGGUUAUGGGGGCUUAUAUGGUUAUAGGGGCUUAUGCGGUUAUGGGGGCUUGUAUGGGUACGGUGGUGGAUACGGGGGUGGCUAUGGGGACUUAUGUGGGUAUGGGAGGAGAUACAGUAGCAGGUGCUAUUCUUCCCGCCGUGGAAGCUGUGGCCCAUGUUAAACCCAGAAGAAAGAUCCACGGAAGAAGAAACAACCAGGAAAUGAAAGAGAAGAGAGAGAUUCACCACUCAGCUUAUCAAAAAUGGGAGCCUGCAACUCCACUCGAAAUCAGUGGGGGCUGUGGGUGUUCAUCGCCUAUAUAAACCAGGCCUCUGUAUGACUUCUUCUUGUUACAUGU